AUGUUCUCGUCGCAGCUGGGUCGCGCCGCUCGUGUCGGUACCCAGUCGGCCUCUAUCUCGACAUCUGCUGUCGCCAACCGCUCCUCAUCAGCGGCUUGCCCGACCCUUCUCUCGCGCCAACGCCGACUUUCAUCCAGCAAGGCUUCAUGCCCGCCCAACGGUGACUCGAACCGCUCGCGCCAGCCUGCUGCUGCCACCAAGCCCGAACUGCCAUCAUCUCGUCCGGCAAAAUCACGUUCGGGCGCAAAUGCGAAGUCCAACUCGGCCAGUCGCAAUGUCAAGGCCGCCAAGGAUGAAGCUUUUGGCAACCUGCCCAGUGUGCCUUCGACAGAGCACAUCCUCCCGCAAGAUAUCACCUUGUCCUCAUUCUUCAGUCUUCACCGCCCGCUCAGCUUGGACACGGCGAUUCCACCAGCAGUCGGCAUGAGAGCCUUCAACACCAUCUUCGAGCCCAAGUCAAAACAAAAGGCCAACCAGGAUGUCAUUUUCACCCUGUCCAACGCCAUCGAUGGUCUUGAAAGCCAACAGAAGGACUCGGACUUGCGCUGGGAGAUCAUUCAAGAAUCAUCAUCCAACUCGGACGUCAAGCACCUGGACGGCGUACCUCGUUCAAGGUCACUCGAAGAACUGGUCGCACAGCUGAAGCCUUUUACCGCUCCUCCGCCACCCGCUCCCGUCAACAUUGAGCAACAACAGCGCAAAGCCCGCGCUGCUCCCGCUCCUACUGUCAGCCAAAAACACUUCAAGACCACCAUCACCGUCACCGAGAACAAGCGCUCUGAUGGCGUCACCUUCUACACUGCCUCCGCCACUCCCCCGGAACCCGCUGCUAUCAAGGACGCCCCGUCAUCUGCCUCGCGCACCCCCUUCAAGGACCGCCUACGAAGCCGUCAACUAGAUUUCAUGGAGAAGGAGCUCGAACAGCACAAGAGCGACAUUACCAUUCUGGAAGGCGAGAAUGCCAAGGGAGACAUGCACGCCAUCUCCGUCAAGAGACAGCGCAAGUUGAAGAUGAAGAAGCACAAGUACAAGAAGCUCAUGAAGCGCACAAGAAACUUGAGACGCAGGUUGGAUAGAAACUAGACUUGCUUUUCGCUGUUCCUUUUUUCUUUUCCAAUCUUCUCUGCAUACCAACGGCGUUUGAGAUUGAUUUACAACUUGAUGCCCCCAACCUUUCCACUUUACCUCCCAAUAGCAAUUACAUCCUCUUUUGAAUCACGUUCUUCUGUCUUGGUUUGUUUCGGUUUUUUGCGAACCGCCGAUCUCUUUCUUCUGCUACUUUCGUUUUGCCGAACGGUGU